GCUUUCCGUAACUAUCCGGUUCUCCCAUGCACAUCCGCUGUUGUGCAAGUGGCAGACAGCAUGCACAUACUGCUUCUCGGCGCUGGCUGCCUCACUGUGGUUCUUCUGGCUUAUAUCGGGGUGUUCCUGGUCCUCUUUCUGAGUGGCCACCUCCCAUCGGCCGCUGUCGACGACGAGAAUCACCAGGCCCAAGCUCGCAUCAAAGUGAUCCCGAGAUUUGUGGCGGAGUGGGUGUUUGAGACCGGGCUCUACUGGGCCGACAUUCUGCAAGAUGCCAUGAUUCUUCUGGCAUUCUACAAGGAGGAGUUCUAUGGCUUCCUCUUCUUGGGCAUUAGCUUUGUGAUGGUGCCUCCUAUCUGUGUGUGGGCAUUUAGGUAUGCCCUUGGAAGGGCGCAAGUGUCCAAUUUGCUUUUGUCCAUCAUUCAGCUGGAGUUCGUGUACCAGUCCACCAUGUCUCUCGUGACUGUGGAAAGGACCACUGACCUUUUCUGGCAAACAGCCGGAGAGGGUGGGCUGGAGGCACCGUUGCAGUGCAUUCUGCAAAUCUACAAAGUCCUUGUGACAGGCCAGCAGGAGUGCGUUCCCCAAUUCAUGCUCUCGAUCAUCACAUCUCUGUUUUGCACCGCAAACUCCUUUGCGAAGCUCGACAAGUAUGGAAGUGGCCUGUCAGUGCUGUCGCGUGAGCAUGCCCGGCAGGUCUGCUGGCGGAUCCUGUGGCUGGCCCCUCGCCUGUUGGGACUGCCGAUCUUCGCAUAUUUGACACGUCCACAUCAUGUUGGGUUGCACGAAAAUAAGCAAGUGGUGGUGUUUCUCUAUGCCGCUUUGGAGCUUCUCUUCACUUGGCAGAUUGUGAUUCGCAGGUCUUCUGUACCGUAUGUUCUGGGAGUACAGCUGUUUUUUGCAGCUCUGACGAUGAUGGCCGUGCCGCCAGUCAUGCUUCCAUCUGUCCGUCGCAUGCUGCCAGUUUACGCCGCGCAGCGCUUGAUGAGUUUCUUCGUCAUGGCACUGCUUGGGAUUAGCAUGUCUCCCAUAAACACUGCUCACGCCCAGCUGCUUCUUCAGCCUCCAGCUGUAAUUAUUCUGGCAGUCUUCCUCUUGACAUUCCUGUCAUGGCUCGUAUCGGCAAUCAACAUCCUUGUCCAACAGUGUUGUCAUCGAGAUACGAACGGCCGCGAGGAUGAUUAUGCCCUCUUGGGCAAAGAGCCUGGCUUAAAACUCGAGAGCGAAAAGCAAGAGAGACAGCUAGCAGUGGCUUUGCGCGAGGCCGUUGCUUCCGGGGACGAAAUUCUUACAACAUUCCUUCUGCAAGAAGGAGCGUCUGUGGAUGGAAAGCACGAUCCUGGUGUUGGUGUGUUGGAGUUGGAUUUGUGGCGCGGGCAGAAGUUUGCAGAAGCCAUGACAGGUCUGGAGGUGCAGAUGUGCGGUAGAAGUGCCGGUCUGCUGACCAUGGACAUUCCUGCUCCAGAUGACGAUGGGGAGUGGUAUUACGAAGUGGAAAUAUUUCAGCAUGACCCAGCAUCCUUCCGUGUGGGGUGGGCAGUUCCCGGAGAUUGCAUGCGCAUGCCGGAGAUGGGACCCUUUCGGCCACUUGGCGGCCUGGAUGAUAUUGGCGGAGACGAUCGCCCCACCGAGUUGAGCAUGGUUUCUUCUUUUGCAGCUGCAUGGGUGGUAGAGGUGACAUCCGGACAUAUCCUGCACACGGAUGGUGCCGGGACAUCAAGCAAAGUUGCCUUCUUGCCUGAAGCCAAAGUGUUGGGCUGUGUGGCGAAGAUUCGCUCCGGGACCGCUCAGGUGUUCUUCGUGACGCAGGGAGAUGCCGGAGCCGAGGUGACGGAGGCAUGCACAUUUGACAUCCAGGGCCGCACACUUCUGCCGGCCAUCAGUGUUAUGGGAUCUUCAUGGCACUUCAAAGUGAAUGUUGGGAACGAGCCCUUCCUGCUGAAGCCGUUUGGGGCAGCUGCGGUGCUCACAGCAAGAACAGGAGAUCCACCCGCCGUGACAGCAGCGCGAAAUGGUCAUUGGACCACUUGCAGGCUUCUCCUGGAUCGUGCAGCGGAUGUAAACAGCAUGGAGAGCAUCAGGCGUAGGACCAUGCUGCAUUACUUCGCUGAUCAGGGGCAGGAGGAUGCUGUUCGGUGCUUGAUUGAGCGGCAAGCCGACAUUUGGUUACAGGAUUCAGAUGAGCAGGAUGCACUGACACUGGCGCAGUCAGCUGAGACCGGUAGGUUGAUUCUCAGAGCCGCCGGUGACCGGCUGAAGGAGCUCAUCUCAAGGCCGUCCCGUGGAGGCUGGUUCACUGCUUUGCACCACGCUGCGGAGCACGGGAAUGCAGUGCUCGUGCGUCUGCUGCUGGAGUGGAGAGCCGAGGUCGAUGGCCCCGUGCCCCAGACUCCCUUGAUCUGGGCGGCAGCACGAGGUCGCAAGGAGUGCGCGGAAACUUUGAUUCGAGGCCGAGCUGAUCUGAGUCGGAGAGAUCAAGCGGGGCUCGAUGCUUUGUCCUGGGCCGAGGAGGCCUACGUUUCGAAGCUGGGCGGCUUCGCCAAGCUGCCAGAGGAGCAAUGCGAUGCAUUGCAGAAGGAUCUGCUCCUUCUGCUCUCGCAGAACUGA